CCGCCAAAAGAAUUUACGAAAUUACGCGUCCAUUUAUAUUGCUCGCCGUCUCGUGCAUUGACCGAGUUCUAGCCGCUGCAGCAGCAACAACAGCAACAGCAACAACAGCAACAGCAACAACGACAGCAACAACAUCAACAGCAACAACAUGGAUGCAGAGGCGCCAAACAUCCCACAGGCAGCAGCCCAAAGCAAUUCCAACCAAGGCAGCAACUCCAAUAAUUCUAAAAUGCCGCCAAGAUCAGCACAGGAAACUGACGGAGCAACAGCAACAACAACAACAGCAGCAGCUACUCCAAAGCAACCCGCAGAUGAUGAGGGGGAAUACCAUCCACCCACAAGCUACCUGGAGACGAUUGUACAUCUGUUCAAGGGCAACAUUGGACCCGGACUCUUUGCCAUGGGAGAUGCGUUCAAGAAUGGCGGAUUGAUAGUGGCGCCAAUUCUAACAAUUGUCAUCGCUGUCAUCUGUAUACAUUGCCAGCAUGUGCUCGUUGCCUGCUCCAAAAAGAUGCGAGAUUUGCGGGGUGAUGAAGUGUGUGCCGAUUAUGCGGUCACUGUGGAGCAAUGCUUUGAGAAUGGACCAAUUAAGUUAAGGGGCUGGUCCCGCACCAUGGGACGACUGGUGGAUGUCUUCAUUUGUGUCACUCAGCUGGGAUUCUGUUGCAUCUACUUUGUGUUCAUUAGCACGAAUGUGAAGCAGAUUCUGUACGCUUAUGGCAUUGAUAUGAAUGUCCAUCUGGUGAUGUUGUUGGCCUUUGCUCCCGUGCUGUUAAGCUCCUUGAUAACGAAUCUCAAAUGGUUGACGCCAGUAUCGUUGAUAGCCAAUGUUUGCAUGAUCCUUGGAUUGGCAAUAACAUUAUAUUAUGCAUUAAAGGAUGGCCUGCCGGAGAUUGCGGAACGCGCCUACUGGACGAAUGGCUCCAAGCUGGCUCUCUUCUUCGGCACCGCCAUCUUUGCCUUCGAGGGCAUCGCUCUGGUGAUGCCACUGAAGAAUGCCAUGCGUAAGCCUCGACAGUUUGAGAGUACACUGGGUGUGCUCAAUGUUGGCAUGUUUCUUGUCUCCGUCAUGUUCAUGUUUGCCGGAUCCGUUGGCUAUAUGAAAUGGGGCGAACAAGUUGGCGGCAGUUUAACACUCAAUCUUGGCAAUACCAUCCUGGCACAAGCGGUCAAACUGAUGGUCUCCAUGGGCGUCCUACUCGGCUAUCCGCUGCAGUUCUUUGUCGCCGUCCAGGUCAUGUGGCCGAGCACCAAACAAAUGUGCGGCAUCGAGGGACGCUCUCUCGCCGGUGAGCUGAUCUUUCGCACACUUCUCGUGGUCGUAACCCUGGCAAUUGCGGAACUUGUGCCUGCCUUGGGACUAUUCAUCUCUCUGAUCGGAGCACUAUGCUCCACAACAUUGGCGCUCGUCUUUCCGCCGGUCAUCGAGCUAAUUGCCUGCAGUGAACCCAACAAGGGACCGGGCAUCUGGAUUUGUGCGAAGAAUCUCAUCAUAUUGGUGCUGGCACUACUGGGUUUCUUCACCGGCUCUUACGAGAGCCUCAGGCAUAUUAUCAAACACUUUGGCGAGGAGGAAGUACAUUAAAAUAUAUAUCUCGAAUAGCAACAACCGAACUUAUCAAAUAUCUUAAAUUUAAUACAUACAUAUAUCACUGAUAUAUGAAAAUUAUUUAAAAACUA